AUGCAGGCCGCUUCCUUCACCUCGGCCACCGUCGCGCCUACGCGCGCGACGCGCCAGGCCGGCACGCAGCGCGUGACCAACGUGCGCGCGCGUACUUCUGUGGUGCCCCGCGCCGCGUCGGCCUCGCCUGAGGUCGUCGAGAAGUGCAUCAACGCCAUCCGGUUCCUGAGCAUCGAUGAUAAGUUCCCUUCCCAGGACGCGCACGAGUGCCGCCGCUGGCGCCUGAGCUCGCCCGCCCCGGCUGCGCGCGAGCGCCGGGCACCUGCCAAUGCCAACUCGGGCCACCCCGGGUGCCCCAUGGGCUGCGCCCCGAUGGCGUACAUCCUGUACGGCGAGGAGAUGAAGUACAACCCGAAGAACCCGGACUGGUUCAACCGCGACCGCUUCGUCCUCUCGGCGGGCCACGGUUCGAUGCUGCAGUACUCGCUGCUGCACCUGGCCGGGUACGACUCGGUGGCGAUCGACGACCUGAAGCAGUUCCGCCAGCUGCACUCGAAGACCCCCGGGCACCCGGAGAACUUCGUGACGAAGGGCAUUGAGGUCACCACGGGCCCGCUCGGGCAGGGCAUCGCCAACGCCGUGGGUCUGGCUGCCGCGGAGAAGCACCUCGCCGCGCGCUACAACAAGCCCGGCUGCGCGCCCGUCGUGGACCACUACACGUACGUCAUCAUGGGCGACGGCUGCAACAUGGAGGGCGUGUCGUCGGAGGCCGCCUCGCUCGCGGGCCACUGGGGCCUGGGCAAGCUGAUUGCCUUUUACGACGACAACCACAUCUCGAUCGACGGCCACACGGACAUCUCGUUCACCGAGGACGUCGGCGCGCGCUACGAGUCGAUGGGCUGGCACGUCCAGCACGUGCCCUCGGGCAACACGGACUACGACUCGAUCCGCGCCGCCAUCGCCAAGGCCAAGGCCGACCCGCGGCCGUCGCUGAUCAAGGUGACGACCACGAUCGGGUACGGCUCGCCGAACAAGGCCGACUCGCACGACGUGCACGGCGCCCCGCUCGGCGCCGACGAGACCAAGGCCACGCGCGAGAACCUGGGCUGGUCGUACGGCGAGUUCGAGGUGCCCGAGGACGUGUACAGCGCGUUCCGCGACGCCGCGAUCUCCAAGGGUGCCGACGCCGAGGCCAAGUGGAACGCCGACGUCGAGGCGCUGUGCGAGGCCGACCCCGCGCUCGGCAAGGAGUUCAAGCAGCUCAUCUCCCAGGAGCUCCCGGAGGGCUGGAUGGACGCUCUCCCGCGCUUCACGCCCGAGGACAAGGGCCUGGCGACCCGCCUGCACUCGCAGACGAUGCUGAACGCGCUCGCGCCGGUCCUCCCGGGCCUCGUCGGCGGCUCGGCCGACCUGGCGCCGUCCAACAUGACGCUGAUGAAGAUGUUUGGGGACUUCCAGAAGGACACCCCCGGCGAGCGCAACUUCCGCUUCGGCGUCCGCGAGCACGCGAUGGGCGCGAUCGCGAACGGCCUGCGCCUGCACAACUCGGGCCUGAUCCCGUACGUGGCGACGUUCUUCAUCUUCACCGACUACAUGCGCAACCCGAUGCGCAUGUCGGCGCUGUCCGAGGCCGGCGUCAUCUACGUGAUGACGCACGACUCGAUCGGCCUCGGCGAGGACGGCCCCACGCACCAGCCGGUCGAGCACCUCGCGUCGUUCCGCGCCAUGCCCGACAUGCUCAUGAUGCGCCCGGGCGACGGCAACGAGACCGCCGGCGCGUACGCCGCGGCCGUGCUGAACCGCAAGCGCCCGACCACGAUGGCGCUCUCGCGCCAGGGCAUGCCGAACCUCCCGGGCACCUCGAUCGAGGGCACGCUCAAGGGCGGGUACGUCGUGCACGGCAACCACGACGCCCCCGACGGCAUCAUCCUGGCGACCGGCUCGGAGCUGUCCAUGGGCGUGGACGCCGCCAAGGCGCUGGAGGCGGAGGGCAAGAAGGUGAACGUCGUGUCGAUGGUGUGCUGGGAGCUCUUUGAGGAGCAGACCCAGGAGUACAAGGACAGCGUGCUGCCGCCGGGCGUCAAGGCGCGCGUGUCGGUCGAGGCCGCGUCGUCCUUCGGCUGGGAGAGGUACUCGUUCGGGAACCACGUCGGCAUCGACUCGUUCGGCGCGUCGGCCCCCGCGCCCGCGCUGUACGAGUACUUCGGCAUCACCACGGACGCCGUGGUCGCGUCGCUGAAGAAGCAGAUGUAA